GCAGCACACUACAUGAGGGUAUGACCAGCCAAACUCUGAGUUAGUCUCCCUGGAACCGCCAAGUUUGAAACGUGGCAAGGAGUUAGUGACUUCGGGCGAGUGUCUCUGCAGAAGGUGAAGUCCAUCACGACGGGCGAGGCGCAACACGCUGGGCUGGCAUAAUCGUGACCGAAGAACAGCACAAGAACAUCCGUGACAAGCAGUGGUGGGGAGAGUCGAUGACCGUAGCCAAGUCGCUCAAGUGGUCUGGUCAAAAGUGUGUGGCUGUGGCCACUGCACUGAGUCACCGCCAGUUCGUCGAACUUUCCUCCAACCUCCCAUUCACUCUUUCCACUGUUUGACGGUUCUUCAAAUAGGGUUACAAUUUUUAGUUUUCCCGGAGAAGUAGAAGUUUAUCUUCAAGCUUCCAGUCUCUUGGUGUUCUCAGAAGCACGGCUAACUGAAGCCCCGACAACAGCCCCCAGCAGCGCCGCAGCUAGUCUAGGAUGGGCAGGAACUAACACCUGUAGCACUAACGCCACCUCCUCCGUUCUGAUUGAGCACUGCAGCGAGAAGUAGCAGCAUGACUCCAGUGGGCGUCAGACUACUACGGGCAGUGGUGUUUGGGGUUGUUCUCCUCACCAGCCUCGCUCAGGGAGAACGGAGACCAGCACAAGGGAGCGGCCAGGGAGAGUGCGGGCACCAGCAGGUGGUGGAGGUGCGGCCCGGCCAGGAGCAGUGGCUGGUCUCCCCGGGACACGUGUGGCCGGGGAUCGCCAACGGGUCGCAGGACACGUGCCUCUGGACGGUCAAGGCUCCUCCAGGCCAUGGGGUAGUGGUGGAGCUGGUCCGUCUGAGGCUUCAUCGUUCCCGCCGCUGCUCUGCUACCCGCCUAGAGGUGAAGCCGGCGGGAUCAGUGACGAGCCCUCGCACCCGCCCACUAGCUAAAUUCUGUGGGCGGCAGACCAGACUGUGGAAGACAACGUUUUCAGAAAUUACCAUUGAAUAUAAGCGAAGCAAGGGACGAGGCCAGCAGACGACUCUCUCUGGGCCUCAAUCCGGCAGCAGGGAAGGCAAUGCUGCCAAGUCGUCAAAGAGUAAAUCAGCGCAGGAUCGCGCCGACAGAUUAAACCGUAUCAAGGCUCUGCACCGACUGUAUCAACAUAAGACAAGGCAGAAUAGAGAACAUCUUCGUAGCAGGAAUGAGCAGCACCAGUCUGACAGCAGAUAUUACCCUCACCGCAGAGACGACUACUCCAGCAGCCGUCGUUUUUACAGACAUCUCAACGAUUUGAAUGAUGACACUACCCAGAUCGAGAAUGACUUAUUAAUUAAUGGUGAUCAUUUCAUAUAUGACCUGGAAAGCAAUACUUAUGGUGUCACAACUAUCAAUCACAACUCUCUAAGUGUAAGGCUCAUUGGGGUAGGAGAACCUGCCUCGUUUAAUUCAGAGUUCAUCACCCUCGGUGGUGUAAACAAUACUGAACCCUCACUGGAGCAUUACUUAGAGGACCUCACUCUAAAUGAAAACUCGACCUAUCAGAUGCGUCACAAUAGUACUAACGCGCACAGUAUCCAAGGCGUUUCGAACCACGUGGAAGAGUCUGGGAAAGAAUCCAUUCAGAGAUACAAGCGGUCUCCCCGAGUGUCGUCAGAAGCCCACGGUCGCCACACGCCGCGAGAGACCCGUCGUCGCCCACCACAGUACACAGAUAAUGAUAGGUCGCGUUCACCCAACAGACAACAGUACCGCGUUCCUUCUAGGCGCCGUAAGAACUCUCAACCCUCUGCAGCUUCCCGUAGGGAUCUUUACUCAUCAAACCCACAUUUUCGCAACCGCAACGAAAUCAUACCCAAUAAGCCGGCAAAGCCUUCACAUCACAGACUGAAGAAAUAUGAAUUUAAAGGUCCAGAAGUGACUACGGAGACGCACGGCAGGAAGGGGCGCCAUCAGAGGCCCGGGGGUAGCAGGCGCUGGAGGAAGAAAGAGUAUUUUGUGCUCAAGGUGACAGCUUUCCGCAGUGGGUGUGGCGGAGAAGUGGAUGAUGCAGUAGGUAGGUUUACAAGCCCUGACUACCCACACAAGACAAGUGAGAAAGGCUCCUGUUCUUGGAGGUUUAAGACACCCAUGAGGAGCCACUGGAAGCUGACUUGUGAAAACUUCCUCAUUCGGAGGUCACGUGACUGUCGCCGUGAUCACCUGGCCAUCAAGAUCAACGACGCUCACUGGUCUAGGUACUGUGGACGAGAAGGCCCCAGCCUGGCCCUUACCUCUUCCCACCAUGCCACAGUUGACGUGGUCCUCAACACAUUUAGAAACCGUUCUGCCAGAGUGAUGUGCACUUGGGAGACCUCAGCAAUAGAUGGCAGAAGCAGCCACCGGCACCAGGCUUACGACAGCUACUGGAGUUACAACCUGACUGUCGCCACCACCACAACUACCACCACAACAACCACAACUCCCCCUCCACCGAAAGUCCCUCAGACAAGGAGUUGUCAAGACUACACUCGCUUGAGUCACGAACACACCAUGUGCAGCUCAACACCAUCCAGCUGCGCUAUCUACCAGGAUGGUGUGAUAAGCAGUGACAGGCAGAUGAUCAUUGACUCCCACAACGUGUACCGUGCAAAGGUAGCCCGCGGGGAGGAGAGCAAAGGACUGCCUGGGCCCCAGUAUUCUGCCGCAGAUAUGCAACAGCUGGCCUGGAAUGAGGAGCUGGCGCAGGUGGCUCAGGCUUGGGCCUCCAGUUGCCCAAACUACCACGACUGCCACGACUGUCGCAAGCUGCUCUCUAGGAGCUACUACGUCGGCCAAAACAUUUUCUACGAGUGGAGCAGUACAGAUGGAGGCUCUGUAUGGGACACGGCAAUUAGGCUCUGGUAUGAGGAGGUCCAGUAUGUGCCCAACUAUCUCACUAAAAGCUACAGGUCCAUGGACCAUGCAGUGAUCGGCCACUACACUCAACUGGUGUGGGCUGAGACGAGGGAGAUUGGCUGUGGUGCCGCCUACCACGACUGUUCCAAAGUCUUCAAGGGACGUUCAUGGAAGCUGAAGUGCAAAAUAUACGUUUGUAACUAUGGACCAACGGGGAACUUCCUCAGCAAGCCCAUGUAUACCAUCGGACCACCAGCAUCAGCCUGUCCUAAGGGUUCGUACCCAUCUGCCCAGUACCCUGGGCUCUGUACCUCACAUUGAGGCUCCUCACCACUACUUCACGGGGAAAGCACUACCAUAGGUCGUGUCGGCCAACAUCGACACAGAGGAAUCUCUGGAGAAGAGCAAACACACACUGUACCUGCUGAAUAAUGUUUCUGUUGAUAUUUAUGAUGGAUGCCACUGCAAGUAAAUGAUGUUGGUCAAUAAUGAAGCAAGCUCUUUGCAGUUGAUCACAAAGGACAUGUGAAUAUGUGCAAUGGUACUGAAGUCAGCUUUGUGCAUUCUUAACUUUAGAAGCAAAUACCGUAUCAUGGAUAACAGCACCCAGCUCAGUGUUACUUCUACUUAAUCUUUCUUUAGGUUGGUCUGACAGACUGCCAGGUGAAGUCCUUUGACUUGGCAAGGAUUUUUUUAUUAAACACGGUACUGGAUUAGAAUAAGAUUGCAUUCACAUAUACUCUUGAACAUAUGCUGACAAUAUGUUUAACAACAGCACCAUAAAUAAGCUGCCUCCAUCAUUACUGUCUAGUAUGUGUUGGCUUCAUUGGUUGCUAUCAUGUUGAUAGCAAUCAUGCGGAUGAGAUUACAUGUUGGCAGCAAAGGCAGCAGUUGAACAGACACAAACAAGAGAAGACAGGAAUAAGGAUUGGCCACUGUAGAAAACUACUCCCAUUCAAAUUUUUUCAAUCACAUCACUGAUACUACUGACUCAAAAUCUGCCUCUAAGAUCCAUGUAAAGUUGUAAAACAUUCAGUAGUCUGCUCUUGUGCUAAACACAAACCAGUGUCACCACAUCUAUUGCAAUGGAUGGCACCCUCCUCUAUUGACCCAUUACUUUGCUGUCUCAGUGAUGGGUGCAUCCAAAAUUGGUAUCUGGACCUUGCAUGUUGCAUACAUUGUCACAUAACAUCACAAUUACAGCUUUAACCAAUACAGCAGGCUCACCAGUCAAAAAAAAUUUGGUAACUAAUCUGUGACAUGGCCACAAUCGUUGUUUCAUCUCUGCUACCAUGAUAUUAACAAACAAGCUGUUAACAUGAUAAGAAACAUUUGUCCAUUUGCUGUUCCUCUCAUGUAACCAAUAUGUGGGUAACAGUAAUGACAGCAAUUGUUCAAGGGCAAGUGUGGACACACCCUACGAAAUAUCCUAUAGCACUAUGUAACACAGACCAAACUGAGUAGAAUUAAACUUGAAACUGUGAACCACUAAGAUGUGCAAGAAAAAAAGGAAUAUUAUGUUAUAAAAUAUACAGUUCGUGUUACUGAAGGGAAUGAGGAAUGAGUGAAGAGCAAAGAAAUGAUAAGUGAGAUAUAAGACCAUGCAGAAUUAGCUUAGUGGAGGGCUAGAACUCAAUGCAAGGGACGUAAGUACAUACCCCUUGCAUUGAUCUCCAGGCCAUGUCCAAAGCUCUCUCACAACUUCAACGGGCGUGGUAUUAUAAAUUUCAAACGAGAUUUAAUCUAUAUGUAAAGUUAUUGUUCAAUUUCAAUUUCUCUCUCUCUCUCUCUCUCUCUCUCUCUCUCUCUCUCUCUCUCUCUCUCUCUCUCUCUCUCUGAAGGGUUUUGGACUUUGAUCUAGAAGUUGAUCAUCAUCAUCAGGCAUGAUUACCUUUUAGGAAGGGAAUAUAGGUAACUUUAAAAAGAGUGUAUGGGAGGUGUAUAUUUUUUACUUAUUUAUGAAACUUUUUUUCUACUAAUCUCUUUUCAUUUUAAGCAAUAAUGUAACUUUUCAAGUGUUCGGAUCCUUGAAGUGACUCAAACUGUGAUAUAUGGAUCCUUGUGAUGAGUGCACAGACAAACCAUUGCCUUAAUGCUGCCUGUCAUGCGAGACUUCGGAAGCUCUCCAUGAUGCCACUCUCUAAAGGACUCUUAGGACCUAGUGUUGAGCGAGGUAUGAAGGGAAUAUUCUCGAGGCAAAGCUAACCCGAGAAGCAGCCAACAGGGAUCCCACUGCGUGUCAUCUGCUUCGUGGUAAUUCAUUGUUAGUGUUAUGUGGCUAAUCUGGUGUGUCUGGAUGAAGCUGAUUCUUGUGGCUGUACUGCUUCCAAUAUUGUCAAUAUAGUUAUCAAUGGUACAUAAUUUUAUAAGAGGAGAGCCGAUCACAAUAUUUAUAAUUGCCCUGAAAAUCAAGGAAAAUCCCAAACUGCAGUUAUCUUCAGAAGAAAGUUCAGUGCAGUGAAUAAAUUCCACUGCAAUGCACAUAAUAAAUUCAGUCUGUUUGAUGUCAAAUGUUAGAGUUUAGCAGCUACUGAAUUUAAAAGAUUCCAGCAUUAGGCAACUGAGAUCAUAUUAUGUUAUCAGUGAAUACAGUAAACCCUCACUUUUACCAAUCAAUUGGGAGAAGAGGAUGACGUUAUAUCCGAAAAUCCAAUUCAAGGGAUCCCAAUUUUUUGCAUAUAUCAAUCUUUGUUCGUUACAUGAGCAGAAAGUUCACUAUUUCUGACCAUUUCCAUAUAAAAGGAAGUUUAUUUGCUAUAUUAGAUGAAAGGUAAGGCAUGGACGAACGAAAACAGAGGUGUUUACAGUCAGGUAGACAAAGCUAGACAGACUGGAUACACAUUGCCCGGUCAACUCUGAUUCCACCACUGCUGAUCAAAUUGCGUGGACAUAUUCGGUUGGCCCACCACCGAUCCAAACCUGCACUUAAACCCCACAUAUACUAGAGUAACCCAGAAAGUUUAUCAAAACCGAAAUUCAUUACUUCCAAGUCAGUAAAAGAAAGGGUUUACUGUAUAGAAACAGGCUGUUAAUUAAAAACAUCCAUCUUAAAAAUCUAAAAGCUUGAAUGUAUUUGUUACUACUUAAUCAUAUAACAUUUCAAUCAUUCUUCAUACUGAUUAGUAUCUAUCUAAUGUUAGAGUGAGCACAUUUUAAAGUGCAUGAAUCUAUAAUAUUUAUUAUGGCAUUGAAUAACAUAUGAAAAUGCUACAGUUUCUUGAACUUCCUUGAGUUUGAGGGUUGCCUCUUUAAUCGACCUCUUCCCGCCAAGGCGAACACCCACCCGUCUUCACUAGCAUCGAUCAACAGAGACUGACAUAUUGAAAAUCUGCUAUAAAUCUUAUGUUAAAGUCUCUCGAGAGUUGCAAGUGAAAUCGCCUGCUCCUAGUCAAUGUUAGAUAUAAGUUUAUAUAAUAAACAUUUGGGCAAAAA